UUCUGGCGUUGCGUCAUGGCCGCUCCCUGGGUUCUCAGGACUCCCCCUUUUGGGUCCGCUCUCAGCAGUCCACGCACCCUGCCCUCCCUCUGCUGGCGGAACUCGGUCGCGGGAAGCUGUUCAGGAGCGGGCGGGGCUCUUGUGUUUCCGGAGAAAACAGCCUACACCUCAGAGCUGGACGUCAGUGGCAUUUAUAAAGUGAAAGAAGUCUUUGGAUCCCUAAUCCUCGUCUGAAAAUAGUCUUUCUUCCUAUUUCCUCCCAGCUCCAACCGGAUUUAAAAGUGGUCCACCAGAUCCAGCCGAAGAGCUGCACUCCCAUUAGAAUAAGGAAGAGAACAAGGGUCCAUGUUAUUCCACCAUUACGAUUCUGGUAGUGCUGUGAUAAUGAGACAGAACAAGAGCUUCACACAAGAAGAGCCAAGGCUAAAGCAGCAAUGACGUGGAAUCUGGGGACUGACUUCAUGAAGGGGCAGCGUGAUAGAGAGGAAAGCCCUGACAUCAACCUGCCUGGGCGGCUUCUGCUGACAUCCAUGAAUGUCCGAUGCAGAAAAUGCUUUUAAAGUAAGACUGAGUAUCAGAACAGCUCUGGGAGAUAAAGCAUAUGCCUGGGAUACAAAUGAGGAAUAUCUUUUCAAAGCAAUGGUGGCUUUCUCCAUGAGGAAGGUUCCCAACAGAGAAACAACAGAAAUUUCCCAUGUCCUACUUUGCAAUGUAACCCAGCGGGUGUCAUUCUGGUUUGUGGUUACAGAUCCUUCAAAAAAUCACACCCUUCCUGCUGUUGAGAUACAGUCAGCCAUAAGAAUGAAUAGGAACCGGAUCAACAAUGCCUUCUUUUUGAAUGACCAGACCCUGGAAUUUUUAAAAAUUCCUUCCACUCUUGCACCACCCACUGACCCAUCCAUGCCCAUCUGGAUUAUUAUAUUCAGUGUGAUAUUUUGCAUCGUCAUAGUGGCAGUCAUGCUGUUGAUUUUAUCAGGAAUCCGGCAACGUAGAAGGAAGAGCAAAGGACCAUCCGAAGUGGAUGACACUGAAGACAAGUGUGAAAACAUGAUCACAAUUGAGAAUGGCAUCCCCUGCGAUCCUUUGGACACAAAGGGAGGGCACAUUAACGAUGCCUUCAUGACAGAGGAUGAGCGGCUCACCCCUCUCUGAAGGGCUCCUGUUUUGCUUCCCCAGGAAACUCAACACUUGUUUCUGUGCCACUGCUGAGCAUUAUAAAUUAUCAAGGACAGAUCAUCUAUUUUAUUUCACCAUUCUUCUUUCCUAAGAAAUUCUGCAUGUGCAUGAAAGUGAAAGGCUGUCAUUUAUACCCAUGAAGACCACUGGAAUCCUAAGCUGUUGACUACUCAAAAUAUUCUAAAGUAUUUCUCUGACAACACGAUGUAUAGGUAUAGCCACGUGGUGCCUUUACUUAUUGGUUUAAAGGUGCAUUAGUGUUGAACAUUGCUGGAAAUAAGGUCAGGCUACUACAUAUAUAUACAGAUGUAUAUAUAUGUAUAUAUAUGUGUGUAUAUAUAUAUGUGUGUGUGAAGACCUACGGAGGGAGAUUUUUCCAGUGGAGAAUACCCAUAAUAUGGUGUAAAAAUCUUUGAAGAUGGAUCCUUUUUGAAUAUUGUUCAUAUCACUCUGUGUAUGACUAACUAAGGAAGAAUAAAAUAUGAUUGGGUUAUGAAUGAUGACAAUGGGAGUGACAGUAUCCAAGGUGGAAUUUCAUCCUAUGACCAUACCAAUACUUACUUAUUCUCUAUCAUUCUCUGGUAAGUCAGCCCUGUUGGUUGACUGUUUCUGCAAUUUGUAAAACAACAACCUCUGUGAAUUUAAUAAAGCGCUAAUCAUCUCUUUUUAAUUAUG